AUGCCACGCCUCCGCUGCAGGGCUCUGCCCACCCUCCGGACCCCCGUAUCCAGCAUGCGGACCCCAAUGACCAGAAUCUCUCAAUUCACACCACAGACAGCAAACACACCGUCAAUUCUUUCCUCCCGCCCCUUCUCCUCGAUUCUCUCCACGCCGACCCGCUUCCAACCAUCGCAGACCCUCUCCUCUCGGUUGACCACAUCGACACCCAUUACCUCGUCUGUGUCUUCACUGCUCGCACAGAAGCCUUUCCAGACCCGCUCUUUCUCGGCAACUGCCUCGCUGGGCGUGCGCCGUGUCACUUUCCGGCCGUCGCGACGAGUCCAGAAGCGCCGUCAUGGAUUCCUGUCCCGGAACAAUGCCAGGAAAGGACGGCUGACUCUUACGCGCCGGCGGUUGAAGGGACGGAAGGCGAUGAGCUGGUAA